ACAGUUUUAUACAGACGUCAGAUACGAUUAAAGGGAGAUCCACUUGUCGACAGAGUUCAACUAUUAGAAACAAUAUCGCCUCAUUUCGCACGCGUGAAACUUCAAAAUGGAAAAAUUGAUACAGUUUCAACAAAAGAUCUUGCUCCACUACAAGAUAGAAAUCCCUUAAUAGAACCAGUCCAACAACACCCCGAAUGCUCGAACAACAACGAAAUUGUUAUUAGUAACAACAACCACAAUUCUGGAAAUAGAAAACAAGUUGAAUUAAAUGAUACCAACGAAGUAGUUUCGAACCUACUGCAUCCGUUUGGGAAUCCAAUAAAAGAUAGCUUCUCUUAUGAUCAAUCAACUACAACAGUACCUAACCAACCAUCUAUUCAAAAGGUUAUUACUCCUGACACACAACCUAAUAUUAUCUCACGAACAGGACGUACUAUUAAAAGGCCAAAGUAUCUCGACGACUACUUUCUUUCUUAGAGUAUUAUUCAAGAGUAAGCCGGACUAAAACUUUCUCAAAACGGAGAAGACUGUUAUAUUCUUAAGAACUAUUUGACGCCAAUCACGUCAUUAUAGAAUACGGUUGAAUGAACUUAAGUUAUUCUAAUUAUAUUUAAUUGAUGUGUUAUAAAAUCUGUUUUGUAGAUCUUGAAUUGUGUUUGAUUUAAUAUUUGAUAUAAACCGAAAAUAUUUAAGAUAGACAUUUAUUACGGUUUCACAACAAUGAGACUGGGCUCUCCACAAACCACUUAAUGAAGAGAGUAUUUUAGAUCCAAAAAGCAAAGAUGCUUAUGAACUAGCUGCUUCUUCUGGUAAAGCUAUCUAUUCUGUGCUGUUCUGUGUGUCUGCAGAUGGAAGAUAUCUUCCACCAUUUGUUGUUUUUAAGGGAGAAGGCUAUCUGUAUUCUAAAUGGAUAGAAAAUGGACCACCAGGAUGUGCUUUUGGUGCAACAGCAAGUGGAUGGAUGUUUGUCAAGCACUUGAUACCAUUCGUUGACCAAAAUCAAAAACCAAUACUCUUGCUUUAUGAUGGUCAUGGCAGUCAUUUAAUGUAUGGUACCAUAAAAGCGGCUAUGGACAACCAUAUCCAAAUUGUUUGUCUUCCACCAAAUUGCUCACACACAUUACAACCAUUAGAUGUGGCUGUCUUCGGACAAUUAAAGAAUGAGUGGAGAAAAAUUUUAAAGCGGUUUUCAAGAGAAACACAACACAAAAAUAUUGAUAAGACAGCUUUUACAGGAUUAUUGAAACAACUGUGGGAGAGGCUCUCUCCAGCAAAUGCUAUAGCAGGAUUUCGUAGUACAGGUAUCUCACCAUUAAGUAAAGAAAAGAUGGAAAGAAGAAUAACAGGUAUUGACUUUCUUAAUCAAUCACCUGAACGUUAUAGCCCUAAAUCUCCAAGAUUACAAACACCAAGAUCGGCUAUACGAGAAGCUUUAAGGUCAAUCAUAUGUCCUAAUGUAUCUGCAGAAACAGCAGCAAUAAUAGAACAACAAAAACAAAAAAGGAAGAGAGUACAAGCAAAAUGUGGAGAACUCCUUACAAAUGAGAAAGUUUUUUUUUUCAAGUAACGACGGUUACUUGAAAAAAAAAUGUACAAAAAAAACUAUUACCUCUACUGAAGUAGUAAAAAAAUACCCAAAAAGAUCAGUGAUCAAAAUUAUAGAGAAGUGCAGUGAUCAAAAUAAUAGUUAUUUUACCAGAAAA